UCUGGUCAUCGUUUUCUCCGCCAUUCGCCGGCAGGGUUAGGUUUCUGCCUUCUCAGCCGCCGGUGCGAAUCCGAGCCUGCGGCGAAGAUGGCCGACGAUGCGACUCCGGUCGAGUGGCCAGCGAGUAAGGUGAGGGAAACCUUCAUCCGGUUCUUCGAGAGCAAGGAGCACGUCGAGUGGGGGUCGAGCCCCGUGGUUCCACUCGACGACCCGACACUCCUCUUCGCCAACGCGGGGAUGAACCAGUUCAAGCCGAUUUUUCUCGGGACCGUGAACCCCGGGACGCCGCUUGGGCGGCUCAAGCGGGCGUGCAACACCCAGAAGUGCAUCCGCGCCGGGGGUAAGCAUAACGACCUCGACGAUGUUGGGAAGGACACGUACCACCAUACGUUCUUCGAGAUGCUGGGAAACUGGUCCUUUGGUGAUUACUUUAAGGUCGAGGCCAUCACUUGGGCAUGGGAGCUUCUCACUCAGGUGUAUAAACUGCCUAAAGACAGGAUCUAUGCAACUUAUUUUGGUGGGGAUGAGAAGUUAGGCCUGCCACCAGAUACUGAAGCUCAAGAUAUAUGGCUAAAAUUUUUGGCACCUGGGCGAGUCCUGCCUUUUGGCUGCAAGGACAAUUUCUGGGAGAUGGGUGAUACUGGCCCUUGUGGACCAUGCACAGAAAUUCAUUUUGAUCGCCUUGGCAAUCGUGAUGCGGCUUCGUUAGUCAACAAUGAUGAUCCUACUUGCAUUGAGAUAUGGAAUCUUGUAUUUAUUCAGUUCAAUAGGGAAACUGAUGGCAGUUUAAGGCCUUUACCCGCCAAACAUGUUGAUACAGGGAUGGGUUUUGAAAGAUUGACUUCAAUUCUUCAGAAUAAAAUGAGCAACUAUGAUACUGAUGUAUUCUUGCCCAUAUUUGAUGCUAUUCGACAAUUAACAGGGGCUCAGCCUUACUCGGGUAAAAUUGGGGCAGAUGAUCAGGACAAAGUUGAUAUGGCGUACAGAGUAGUUGCUGAUCACAUUAGAACUCUUUCUUUUGCUAUUGCUGAUGGUUCACGUCCUGGUAAUGAAGGGAGGGAAUAUGUUCUUAGACGAAUUCUCCGGAGAGCUGUUCGUUAUGGUAGAGAAGUUUUGAAAGCACAAGAAGGAUUUUUUAGUGGUCUUGUAGGUGUUGUUGUUGGAGUGAUGGGUGAUGUAUUCCCAGAGCUUAGACAAUACGAAUGUAAGAUACAAGAAAUAAUUGCAGAAGAGGAAGCAAGUUUUGGAAGGACACUAGUGAAGGGAAUUGAGAAGUUUAAGAAGGCUGUGCUGGAUGUUCAAGGCAGUAAAAUAACCGGGCAGGAGGCAUUUAUUUUGUGGGACACCUACGGAUUUCCCAUGGAUUUAACUCAGCUGAUGGCAGAAGAAAGAGGACUGACUGUUGAUGUUGAAGGUUUCAAUAUUGCUAUGGAAGAAGCCAGGGAAAAGGCUAGAAGUGCUCGCAGCAAGAUAGCUGGUCAUUCCAUUGUGAUGGAUGCUGAUGCCAUUUCUGUGUUGCAUAAGAAUGGUGUGGGGACAACAGAUGAUAGCUACAAGUAUAUAUGGCACCAGGACCAUGAAAGUGUGGUUAAAGCUAUAUACACAGGUACUGAGUUCUUAGACUCAGCCCUUGAUCAAGUUGACAUUGGCAUUGUUUUGGAAAGUACAAGUUUUUAUGCCGAGCAAGGGGGUCAGAUAUAUGAUACUGGAUCGAUUGAAGGAUCAUUUGGAUCAUUUCACGUAAACAAUGUUCAAGUCUAUGGAGGCUUUGUCCUCCAUAUUGGAUCUUUUGCGGAAGGGGCUAAGACAUUGAUGGCUGGUGAUAAAGUAACAUGCAAGGUUGAUUACGACAGACGCACCUUGAUCGCUCCAAACCAUACAUGCACUCACAUGCUUAAUUUUGCUCUUCGUGAAGUGCUUGGGAACCAUGUCGAUCAAAAGGGUUCAAUAGUGCUUCCCGAGAAAUUAAGAUUUGAUUUUUCGCACGGAAAACCCGUUCAUCCCGAAGAGUUGAGAAAAAUCGAGUCAAUUGUUAAUCAGCAGAUAAAAGAUGAGAUAGAAGUAUAUGCAGGUGAAGCAGCCCUUGCUGCAGCAAAACGUAUAAACGGGUUGCGAGCUGUUUUUGGAGAAAUCUAUCCUGACCCGGUGAGGGUUGUCUCCAUUGGCCAUAAAGUGGAUGACAUGCUACAAGAUGCUGAUAAUCAAGAAUGGUUAUCCAUUUCCACAGAAUUUUGUGGAGGGACUCAUAUAUCUAACACUCGAGAUGCUAAAGCAUUUGCGCUUCUGUCCGAAGAGGGAAUUGCUAAGGGAAUCAGAAGAAUUAUAGCUGUCACAACUGCUCGCGCAUUCGAGGCACUAGACUUGGCUUCUUCUCUUGCUUCUGAAAUAGAUGAAGCAUGCAAAUCUGAAGGAAGUUUGCUCGAGAAGAAAGUUGCAUCCCUGAAAAGUAAGAUAGAUGCAGCUGCGAUUCCCGCAGCCAAAAAAGCAGAUCUCAGAGCUGAUGUUUCGCAAUUGGAGGUAAAUCCCACAUUACAAAAAGAUCAAAGACUAUCUUGUUCCCUAAAUUCAUCCUCUCUUUCUGCGCCUUAUCAGGAUCGAGUUAGAAAAGCAAAAAGGAAGACCGCUGAGGAAAACAUCAUGAACGCGGUCAAAACAGCAACAGAAGUUGCAAAUGCCGCCUCUUCAAGAGGAAAAACAUUUUGUAUCGUACAAGUCGAUGUAGGACUUGAUACUUCAGCAGUGAGGGAAGCUGUUCUGAAGGUUUUAGAACUACAGGGUUUAGCCGCAAUGGCAUUCAGCACUGAUGCGGAAUCAAACAAAGCUGUGGUUUGUGCCGGUGUGCCUGACAAUGGAUCAAAGGAUGGACUUGUGAUUGAAUGGCUAAAUGAAGUUAUGAAGCCCCUCAAAGGGAAGGGAGGCGGCGGGAAUAACGGUAUCGCACAGGGCCAGGGGAACGAUUCCUCCCGCCUUGAGGAAGCAAUGGACAUUGCAUCCAAGUUCGCUUCCUUGAAGCUACACUGAUACAUGCUGAAUUUAUAGAAGUUGUUGUCGCAAAGGAACUUUAAAGUGAUCCCAACAGAAGCUAUAUCUUCCUAAAAGCAUGGACAUUGUCAUUCAAAGUCGACAUUCAAAAUUAGCUGUUAAAUCACUGAUACUUCUGAUUGCAAAUCUCAUCAUAAUCCUUAGUUAAUUAUGUUCAAUCAUAGUGAUGGAGCUUCAACUAAUUAGUGACAAUGCUAUUUACUUCUGUUCAAAGUUACUCAUUUUAAAAGGCAUUCCGAGGAAGGGUCGGAUUAUAUUAGGGAUUAUAUUGAGUCUAUUAUAUACAGUCUUAUUUUAUAUUUUGUAAGAGACCGAUUUUACUAAACAAUUCAAGAGACUAACAUCCUUUGAUUGCGUGUCCAA